AUGGCUUGCUGGAAGGAAAUACGAAGCAGCAGCUGGAUUUAUCCUACCCUGGUCCUCUGCAUUUAUGGAUUUUUCUCCAUGAUGAGGCCAUCAGAACCUUUCCUCACCCCUUAUCUAACAGGACCAGAUAAAAACCUGACCAUUGAUGAGGUUACAAACCAGGUUUUCCCAGUUUGGACAUACUCCUAUCUGGUGUUACUGUUUCCUGUUUUCUUGAUUACGGACUAUGUGCGCUAUAAACCCAUCAUUAUUCUACAAGGCCUUAGCUUCAUUAUUACAUGGCUGAUGCUUUUAUUUUUCCAAGGAGUGCUAGCCAUGCAGUGGAUGGAGUUUUUUUAUGGGAUGGUAACGGCCACUGAAGUUGCCUAUUACGCCUACAUUUACAGCGUUGUCAGUGCUGACCAUUAUCAGAAAGUGACUAGUUAUUGCAGAAGCAUCACACUUGUUGCAACCACAGUUGCAGCGGUGUUGGGGCAACUUUUAGUAUCUUUGGCAGAGCUAUCCUAUUUUUAUCUAAAUGCCAUUAGUUUGGCUUCUCUGUCCUUGGCCUUCCUAGCCUCAUUUUUUCUACCAAUGCCAAAAAAAAGUAUGUUCUUUCACAAAAAUCGUAUCCCUGAAACUCCCCAAGGAACAAUGAGGCAAGACACAAUGUCAAAUGCACCCAGCAUUAAUGAGCAGCCAAGUUGCCAAGAGGACAAAGAUGCUGCAAAAUCAUCUGUCAUUACCAGGACAUUGCCUGAAUGCCAGUCUGACAAGCACCAGUGUCACAUGCUUGUGCAGUUAUGCAAGGAUUUAAAGGAAUGCUAUUGCACAAAGAAACUGCUUUACUGGUCCUUAUGGUGGGCUUUAGCCACUGCAGGCUAUAACCAGAUUGUGAAUUACAUCCAGGUGUUAUGGGACGACAGAGCACCCUCUCAGAAUUAUGACGUUUAUAAUGGGGCUGUUGAGGCAGCAGCAACAUUUCUGAGUUCAGUAACCGCCAUGGCAGUAGGAUAUGUGAAAAUUAACUGGGAUCUUUCAGGAGAGCUAGCACUGGGAAUCUUCUCUGCACUGGAUGCUGGUUCUCUAUUUCUCAUGCAUUUUACUGCCAACAUCUGGGCAUGCUAUGCUAGCUAUCUAGUUUUCAAGUCAUGUUAUAUGCUUCUCAUAACAAUAGCAACGUUUCAGAUCGCUGUCAAUCUAAGCAUGGAACGCUACGCUUUAAUGUUUGGAUUCAACAACUUUGUUGCACUGGUGAUUCAGACUAUUAUAACUGUAGUCGUAGUUGAUUCAAGAGGUCUGGGAUUGAAGAUAGUCACCCAGUUCCUAAUUUAUGGCAGUUACUUUGCAGUCAUAGCUGGGAUUUUCUUGAUCAGAAGCAUUUACACAAUUGUCUCAAUCCAAUGCAAAAAGGAAACACAGAACUUCUCCAACGGAUCUCAGAACAUUAAGGAACAAGAAUCAGAAACCAGAUUAUAA